AUGCUCCGCAGGUCGAUUCACACUUCGAGGACUCUUAAGAGUGCGAACGUUUGGUCUCCGUCGGCCAACAGGGCGAAAUCUUUGGGCAUUCGAUCGGAACCUAUUAGAAAAUGUAUACUUGAAGGAACACCUUCGAAUGGGCCACCAUCUUUGAAAAGAAGAUCCAAUCGUAUCAAAUAUAACUCUCCAGAGAAAAUAGAUGAUACUUUCAAAUUGUGUUACGAUUUUUUGCAAAAUAGAGCGGCUAAGACGUAUGAACAAGUCUCUAAAGCCCAAGACUCCAAGGAAGUGGAAAAGCUAUUGAUCGAGGCUGAGUUAAUCAACCCAGAAGUGCAGUACAACUUCCAACAUAAUGAUAAGAUUGAUAACAACCCUGAAACGAUAGAUUAUGAACAACCGGUGUACAGGCACUUAGGCAAAGAGCAUUGGGAAUCAUCCGCACAGAUGCUUCUCAUGCAAAGACUAGAGACUUUGAAAGUGAUUCCCGAUACUUUGCCCACUUUGGUGCCACGCGUAGAAGUCAACUUGAAAUUUCCAUUCUCUACAGGUGUCAACAAAUGGAUUGAACCAGGUGAGUUGCUCUCUUCGAACUCUACAAGUUUCCCACCUGUUUUCAAGAUUCAAGAGUACGAAUUAGUGGAUCCAACGAAACAGCUUUACACGAUUUUAGUGGUGAACCCCGAUGAGCCAGAUUUGAAGAAUGAUUCGUUCCGUACAACGCUAAAUUACGGUCUUGCUAACGUCCAAGUAGGUUAUAACGACAACAUCGUGGAUGCAAGAAAAUGUAACAACUCCAACGUAAUCGCCGAUUACCUGCCCCCAGUUCCAGAGAAGAAUGUUGGUUCACAAAGGUUCGCUGUAUGGGUCUUCAGACAACAAGCUCCAUUGCAAGGCAACUUCAGUGCACUAAACAGAAACAGGUUCGAUAUCAGAGGUUUCACCGACCAGCAUUCCCUACUACCGGUAGGAGCACACGUUUGGAGAAGUGAAUGGGACUCUAACGUCGAAAAUGUCAGAGAACAAUACGGUCUACCCAAAGGUAGAAUCUUUACCAGAGUUCGCUCCUAA